UGGGUCACUUAGAAACGAGAGCAAGUUGGAGCCAAAGAGGCCCGGCAAGGCAGGGGUGCCUGGAGUUGGGGCCCCAGUGGAGGGGAAGGCCGAACUCAGCGCCGAGCCGCGAGUCCCAGGAGAGGAGGAGCGGAGAAGAAGGAGGGCGGGCCGGAGGUCGGGGUCCGGCGGGGAAGGGGGUCCCCGUUUCCCCCUCCCCAUCUCGCCUCCCCGGGUUCUGGUGACGUUGCGGUUUCCUCCCUCUAGCCGAGCCUCAGCGCCCGCCGCGUCCCGCCCUCCUCCUCCUCCUCCUUCGCCCACACCCCUCACCCACCCGCCCGCUCGGCUCGCAGUAGCGCCGCCCGAGGCUGAAGCGGCGCAUCCCGUGGCGCGGCGCCCACCGGCACCCGAGGCGCGGCGGGCGCGCUGAGGGCUCGGCUCAGAGGGCGCCGGGGGGCCCGGGCGCCGUGGAGUGAGGGGGCCGCGGAGCCGGGGCCGAGGCUGGGGAGGCGACGCCCGGGAGGACGAAGCCGCGGCGGGGAGCGGAUCUUUCGAAGAUGGUUUGGCUGCCUUGGAGACUUGGAGAUCUGAUGCCACGAUGAGGACUCACACACGGGGGGCUCCCAGUGUGUUUUUCAUAUAUUUGUUUUGCUUUGUGUCAGCCUACGUCACCGACGAGAACCCAGAAGUCAUGAUUCCCUUCACCAAUGCCCACUACGACAGCCACCCGAUGCUGUUCUUCUCCAGGGACGAGGUGGCGGAGCUCCAGCUCAGGGCUGCGGGCUCCCAUGAGCACAUUGCUGCCCGGCUUACCGAGGCCGUGCACACCAUGCUGUCCAGCCCCUUGGAGUACCUCCCUCCCUGGGACCCCAAGGACUACAGCGCCCGCUGGAAUGAAAUUUACGGCAACAACUUGGGCGCCUUGGCAAUGUUCUGUGUGCUGUAUCCUGAAAACAUUGAAGCUCGAGACAUGGCCAAAGACUACAUGGAGAGGAUGGCAGCUCAGCCUAGUUGGCUGGUGAAAGACGCUCCUUGGGAUGAAGUCCCGCUUGCUCACUCCCUGGUUGGUUUUGCCACUGCCUAUGACUUCUUGUACAACUACUUGAGUAAGACACAGCAGGAGAAGUUUCUUGAAGUGAUUGCCAAUGUCUCGGGAUAUAUGUAUGAAACUUCAUACCGAAGAGGAUGGGGAUUUCAAUACCUCCACAAUCACCAACCCACCAACUGCAUGGCCUUGCUCACGGGAAGCCUAGUUCUGAUGAAUCAAGGGUAUCUCCAAGAAGCAUACUUAUGGACCAAACAAGUUCUGACCAUCAUGGAGAAGUCUCUGGUCCUGCUCCGAGAGGUGACGGAUGGCUCCCUCUAUGAAGGAGUUGCCUAUGGCAGCUACACCACUCGAUCCCUCUUCCAGUAUAUGUUUCUCGUUCAGAGGCACUUUGAUAUCAACCACUUUGGCCACCCAUGGCUGAAACAACACUUUGCGUUUAUGUAUAGAACCAUCCUACCAGGGUUUCAAAGAACUGUGGCUAUUGCAGACUCCAAUUACAACUGGUUUUAUGGUCCAGAAAGCCAAUUAGUGUUCCUGGAUAAAUUUGUCAUGCGUAAUGGCAGUGGUAACUGGCUGGCUGACCAAAUCAGGAGGAACCGUGUGGUGGAAGGUCCAGGAACACCAUCCAAAGGCCAGCGUUGGUGCACUCUUCACACAGAAUUUCUCUGGUAUGAUGCCAGCUUGAAAUCCGUUCCUCCUCUGGAUUUUGGCACCCCUACAUUGCAUUAUUUUGAAGACUGGGGUGUUGUGACUUACGGAAGUGCCCUGCCUGCAGAAAUCAAUAGAUCGUUUCUUUCCUUCAAGUCAGGAAAACUGGGGGGCCGUGCAAUAUAUGACAUUGUCCACAGAAACAAAUACAAAGAUUGGAUCAAAGGAUGGAGAAACUUUAAUGCCGGGCACGAGCAUCCUGAUCAAAACUCAUUUACUUUUGCUCCCAAUGGUGUGCCUUUCAUCACUGAGGCUCUCUAUGGGCCAAAGUACACCUUCUUCAACAAUGUUUUGAUGUUUUCCCCAGCUGUGUCAAAGAGCUGCUUUUCUCCCUGGGAGGGUCAGGUCACGGAAGACUGCUCAUCGAAAUGGUCUAAAUACAAGCAUGACCUGGCCGCCAGCUGCCAGGGGAGAGUGGUUGCAGCAAUGGAGAAAAAUGGAGUGGUUUUCAUCCGAGGGGAAGGUGUGGGAGCUUAUAACCCCCAGCUUAAUCUGAGGAGCGUGCAGAGGAAUCUGAUCCUCCUUCAUCCACAGCUCCUUCUCCUCGUGGACCAAAUACACCUGGGAGAGGACAGCCCCUUGGAGACCGCCGCAAGCUUCUUCCACAAUGUGGAUGUUCCCUUUGAGGAAACAGUGGUAGAUGGGGUCCACGGGGCUUUUAUCAGGCAACGGGAUGGUCUGUACAAAAUGUACUGGAUGGAUGAUACCGGCUACAGUGAGAAAGCAACCUUUGCUUCAGUGACAUACCCUCGGGGCUAUCCCUACAACGGGACAAACUACGUGAAUGUCACCAUGCACCUCCGGAGUCCCAUCACCAGGACCGCUUACCUCUUUAUAGGGCCGUCUGUAGAUGUUCAGAGUUUCAGCAUCCACGGGGACUCCCAGCAACUGGAUGUGUUCGUAGCCACCAGCCAGCAUGCCUACGCCACUUACCUUUGGACAGGAGAGACCACGGGACAGUCUGCCUUUGCACAGGUCAUUGCAGAUCGUCAGAAAAUUCUGUUCGACCGGAGUUCAGCCAUCAAGAGCACCACUGUGCCCGAGGUGAAGGACUACGCUGCUAUUGUGGAACAGAACCUGCAGCAUUUUAAGCCAGUGUUCCAGCUGCUGGAGAAGCAGAUCCUGUCCCGAGUCCGGAACACAGCUAGCUUUAGGAAGACCGCUGAGCGCCUGCUGAGAUUUUCAGACAAGAGGCAGACGGAGGAGGCCAUUGAUAGGAUUUUUGCCAUAUCGCAGCAGCAGCAGCAGCAGAGCAAGUCAAAGAAAAACCGAAGGGCAGGCAAACGCUAUAAAUUUGUGGACGCGGUCCCUGAUAUUUUUGCACAGAUUGAGGUCAAUGAAAAAAAGAUUCGACAGAAAGCUCAGAUUCUAGCACAGAAAGAACUGCCCAUAGACGAAGAUGAAGAGAUGAAAGACCUUUUAGAUUUUGCAGAUGUAACGUAUGAGAAACACAAAAACGGGGGCUUGAUGAAAGGCCGGUUUGGACAGACGCGGAUGAUGACAACUCGCAGCAGAGCCCCUUCCGCUUCGUACACCAAACUAUUCCUGAUCCUGAACAUCGCUAUUUUCUUUGUCAUGUUGGCAAUGCAGCUGACUUAUUUCCAGAGGGCCCAGAGCCUGCAUGGCCAAAGAUGCCUUUACGCAGUCCUUCUCAUAGACAGCUGUAUUUUACUGUGGUUGUACUCGUCCUGUUCCCAGUCACAGUGUUAGCGCUAAAGCCAUGCGUUGCCGGAUCGUUGUGUGGUCGCAAGAGUCUAUGCAAAAAAAAAAAAAAAAAAAAUUGCCCUAGUUUGUUACUGGACUUUUUAUCUCAGAUUCAUUUUAACAAAUUAAGGGGAAGAUUUUUUUCAUACAAGAAAGCAGGGAUAUGGAGAAAUCGGAAUUGGAAAGGCAAAGGUUUAUCAGAGGAAGAAGAGUAGCUUGGUGUUUCUGGAAGUAACUGGCUUGGCUAAUUUAGCAAUGCAUAUAAUACUACCCUUAGAAGAAACAACAAGUCUGAUUUUAAGUGAUAUUUUUUUCUUGAGAGAAAAAGAUUUAGAUAGAUUUGGGUUUUAUUAAUAUUAAUUUAAUGAUGUUUAGCAGUUUCCAGAUACUAUUUUAUGGCAAAGACUGAAGCCCACAAUAAUGAGAAAUUCAGAAAAAUUUUAAUGGUGGAAACAUGUUGAAAAUAAGUAUUGCUAAGUCCUGGGAUGGCAGUGUUCACUUCCUUGGAGGGUAGUUCAUCAGUGAAGUGACAGCAGGAUCUGCAUAUUGGAUUACUAUUCGGACAACAUAAUAAAAUGAUGACAGAUGAUCAUUAAAAAAUUGAAAUAUAUUUUUCUGUAGAAAACACAUCAGUGAAUGAAUAUUUCCUUGAUGUUGGUCUCUGCACACACAUAAUGCAUCCAUUGGUUGUUCAAUAAAUAAGACAGUUACAGGCAAUUUAAUUUUCUAUUUUCCUUAUAUGGAAAACUGUUAUAGACCCAGUGACUCAACUUCAGAAUAAAAUAUUUUAUACCCCGAACAUUGAUUUCAAUACCAAAGAAGAUGGGGGAAGCUAAAAUUUGGAUAUGAUUCUUAUGUUUUUUUAAUAGAAAACUUUAAGUUUAUUUUGCUAAAUAAACAUCAUAAUUAUGAUUUA